UUGUGGUUCUGAAUGAAGCGGAGGAGCUGAUGAUGAAAAUGUCUUUCAGCCUCACACUCCGAGCUUCAUAAACGAACACACUCUCUCCAACGGAACAUUUCUCACGCAGUUCGGCGUGACGUUGGUUCCGCAGCGGAUGGAGCGGCAGUAACGGAGCAGCUCUGGUCCGAUCUAACAGAGAGUUUCUGGAGAGUUCGGUGUUGGCCGAAUGAAAGAGGAGCUCGUGAGGAUGAGUUAGAGCCUGAGUUAGAGAUGUUUAACGGCUGAUUGCCACUGAAAUCUUUCUUAAAUGAUCGAUUCAUCCUGUGGAGCUGCAUUUAAACGGACGCCGGCCUGACGCUGCUGAGAUACGAGCUGAGGAUCUGCCGGUUAACGGACACGGUGAUUGGUGAGCCAUCUAACUGACACGGACUGAGGCUAGAGCCGACCGAGCUAACGGCCAGGAAGAGGCCGGAAGUAAGCUGCUCUGCCCGGUAUCAGCCCGAACACGGAGGAGCUGUGCACCGAACCUCCGUUAAAAACGAGCCGAUUAACGGAGAACACGGUGAGCUGGGAUGGAUUAAUGUGAGCCGAUUUGAAGCCUGGAGGAUGAUGGUGUGUUCUGUAGUUCUUUCUGGAUUUUUCUCUGAGUAUUUCAUUUAAAGAUUUCUUGAUUCAACCAUUUUAGUAACGUUUUAAACGAAGUCUAGUGUGACGUCCUUCCGCCCGCACGGAGCGAGCCGGGAUCUCCUUGGAAACGGUAACCCCCCCCCCCGUACCAUCAAAGGGAUGGUAGGAGCGCAUACCCUCCACCUGCCCCGCGCGCUACACCUGUAAACACCUCUUAACACCUGCAGCUGCGCAGAUGUUCUCCAGCAGUCAGGCCGGCCUGCUGCACGCGCAGCUGGAGGAGCUGCAUGAGCUCGCGCUCAUCGAGAGGCCGAUCCGCAGGAGCCUCAAGACAGCGGAGGAGAUCGAUCAGCUGACAGUGGAUGAAGACCUGAAUGAUAUCGAGAGAGCUGUAUACCUGCUCAGUGUGGGUCAGGAGGUCCAGAGAGCAAGUGUCAUCAGUAACCUUCCCAUCCUCGUCCGCCAGAAUCCUGCUGAGACAUUUCGUCGAGUGGUACCAAAAGUCCGGGAGGUCCUGAACGGAGCGGGAGCAGAGAUACAGCUCGCAGCAGCCACCUCGUUUUUAACCAUUCUGCAGGAUGACAUCAUUCUGAUCCACACUCACACCUACUCCAUCUUGAAGACUGUCCUGCUGCACCUGAACCACCGAGACACAGUGGUGAGCAACGCCUGGUUGGAAACGUUGCUGUCAGCCAUCAAUGCUCUGCCUAAAGAGACCAUCAAACAGGAGGUGCUCAACCCCCUCCUCUAUCAGUCCCAGCUUUCUCCCUCUCUUCAAGCUCGUCUGUCCAGCUGUCGCAUUUUGGGGAAGGUUGCGAGCAAGUUUGAUUCUCACAUGGUGAAGACAGAGCUGCUGCCACUGGCCCGGUCCUUGUGUCAGGAUGUGGAGUUUGAAGUGCGAGCCUGUAUGUGUCGUCAGCUGGAAAGCAUCGCCCGGGCGACAGGGGUGGACGACACCCGUACCGAGCUGCUCCCUGAACUGGUGGAGCUCGCUGAAGAUGAGGAGAGCAACGUCCGCCUCGCUGCCUUCGACACCAUCGUCAACCUGAUGGAGAUGAUGGACAGCGACGACAGAGUCCAUAUCGUGGUCCCCCUGGUAAUGUCAGUGUGCGAGGUGGCAACGGAGGGAGCUGUCCUGGUGUCUUUGUCAUUCCAGUUUGGGAAGCUCUGCAGUGGACUGGAGGGCUCUCUUUCAGACGAGCAGAAGAGCCGCCUGCUGCAGAGGUUUAAAGUUCUGUGUGUCGCUGGUCUGCAGACUGAUGGGAACCAGACCAACGGCAACAACGAGUCCAUCCUGAUCCGCUGUAACUGCUGCUACAACCUGCCUGCCAUGGUAGUAUUUGCUGAUUCGGCUCACUUCCCCUCAGAGCUCUACCCAUCAUUCUCUGGUCUUUGUUGUGACCCAGAGGUCAGCGUUCGACGGAGCGCUGCAGCCAGCUUCCACCAGGUGGUAAAGCUGCUUGGUUCAAACGUCCAGCUGGUCGCCAAAGAGCUCCUCGCCCUCCUGCAGGACGACGCCCUAGAGGUGUUGGACGCUCUGAUGAAUCACCUCGAGGAAACUUUGGAGGCGGUUCUUUCCGGAGGAGAGAAUCUGACGCUGGACAACAAGUUCCCAGAGCUCUUGGCGGCGCUGCUGUUGGCGGAGCAGAAGGUCGGAUGUUCGCUGCGUUGGCGACUGCACGAAAAGCUGCUGCAGCGUUACAGCUACCUGGCCAGACUGCUGCCUGGAGAAGUGCUGCACCAGAGCUUCUCCCCUCGCAUCUUCAUUAUCCUCACUACCAACAAGGUGUUGCCUGUUCAGAAGGAGGCAGCUCGGACGUUCUGCACAUUCCUGCGAUACAACCGGAAACACGAGCAGCGCCAGGAGAUGAUGGAGCGGCUAAUCCAAGAUCUGGCUCAGGGCCGGAGCUACUGGAACCGUCUGAGAUUCCUGGACGUCUGUGAAAUCGCAACCGAGAUCUUCUCCAGAAAAUACUUCAACAAACAUUUUCUUAUCCCAGCGCUGGAGCUGGUCCACGACCCUGUGGCCAACGUCAGGUACAAGCUCUGCCAGCUGUUACCCCGACUGCGCUCGUCGCUGCGUCUGCCGGCUGACAAACAGCUGCUGCAGCAGCUUGACUUCUGCGUCCAGAAGCUUCUCUGCAGAGAGAAGGACAAGGAUGUGGUCGCCACCAUCCGCAAGACAGUAUUGGAAUUGGACAAACUGGACCUGACAGAGCCGUUUCACAAGAGACAGGAGAGGGAUGUCCUGGAUCAGAAGAAAGAAAAGGAGGAGACGCUGCUUUUGGAGAUGGAACAGCUGGAGCGCCAGCAGAACGACGGCAAACUGAACUCUGAGAAACACCCGGAGAGGAAACGAAGAGACAGUAAGACCAGUCUAUCUGCCACCAAAUCCAUGUCCGUGUCCUCUGGAGCUGCCUUCUCCUCCUCUGGUAAAGAUGUCAGGAAGGCCAAAUUGUCGCGGAGUCGAUCCCUCAGCAGCCAGCCAACCACAUCCAAAGCUGCCAACUCUGAGAGACCUCUGAAAGUCAAAGAUCUGAGAGGUCAAUCUGGACCCGGGAAGUCCUCCAUGUUGUCCAGUAAAGAUGACUCUAUGAGGACGGCCCACUUCACCAUGGCAACCCAGUCCACCUCCGCCAUGCCUGUCCUGAUCCGCAGCAACACCACCAGCCUCCUGGACCGGGCUGGUACAUUAGAACACAGAACCACUACAAUGGACCACAGAUCCAGUACUCUGGACCAUAGAACGAGUACAAUGGACCACAGAUCCAGUACUAUGGACCAUAGAACCAGUACUAUGGACCACAGAUCCAGUACUUUAGACCAUAGAACCAGUACCUUGGACCACAGAUCCGGUACUUUAGACCAUAGAACCAGUACCUUGGACCACAGAUCCAGUACUCUGGACCAUAGAACCAGUACCUUGGACCACAGGACCAGCACCAUGGACCAUAGAACCAGCACCCUGGAUCACAGAACCCUUACCAUGGAGCACAGAAAUAAUGGGAUGGACCACAGAACCAGUUCCAUUGAGCAGAGAGACCAUAAAGCCAGUACCCUGGAGCAGCGCAGUAAAACGAUGGAGCGGGGCUGUGGAAUAAAAGACAGCCAGUCCAGAAAGCUGACUAUAAACAGGAAGUCAAACUCUUUCAGCGUCCAAUCAGCACGAGACUGAAGAUAACGCCAUCAUGCUGCUAUAGGGCCGUCAGCCAAUCGGCAGUGAGCUUCACGGGGGACAGGAUGAAUGCGCGACCCAGAAUGUUACCCAGAAUGCACCUGACAGAGAGUAUGAAUACUGUUUGAAAAACUGAGCUUUAUUUUCUUAACACUGUACUGUAACGACUUCCUGCUGUCACCUGAUUGGCUCAGUAAACUUCACACAUACA